AUGCACGUACCUCCAGAAGCCUUCGUCCUAAUCACCAUUCCCAACUCUACUUUAUACGACUCCUCAACAGGAUCCACCGAAUCCGGGGUGCUAGCUCUAGAAUGUGUAACCAUGUCCAUCCCGGAAGCAUUAAACGACCGCGACGUUUACCUCGUCCUUCGCCUCAACACCUCGGAGCUACCGAUCGACCCUGCUCGCGUUGUCCAAAGGAGAGAUGGUAACGAGAGCAGGAUUUAUACGUUCCACGCGAUACCGCAGGAUCCCGCUGAGUUGGUGCUCACUAUUCGUUUGGAUCGCGGUGAUUCAAACCAACACCAACAAGAGGAUCUGGACACGUUUGAAGGUAUCCUGGCGCAGUAUGUUGCAGAUCUUUGUGGGUUGGGACAACAGGCCAACGCGCCUGCGGCACCUCAAGACUUGGGAAGCAGCGGGAUAACGAGGGGCGAUAAAGAUUUACGAGGUCAUCUUGUUAUGGUUGAUGAGAAGACGGGGGAAGUUGUUGGCGAGAUUGAGGAUAGGUUUAGGAUCACGGAGGAUCCUGUUAUGUAUGAAAAGGGACACGAGAAUGAUCCUGUUAUCAUCGAUGUUCCAGAGGUGUCGACGAGGGAACGCGACGCAAACGCUUUCGAGGCAUUUGCGAGGAUCGUUCCUCCUGACCAACGUAAUUGGAUUACAAAGUCUGCCUCUGUCGUCAGCCACGCCAUAUCAAUGACAACUUCCCUCCUCGUCACAACCAUAACCACCGCAUCAUCACUCUACGUCGCCCACUCCACCCCAUCACCCCACCACCCCUCCUCCGGCUCUGGUCCCAGCACACGCACAGGUCCACCACCACCACCCCCACCUCGCGCCCUCGUCUUCCUCACCUCCGAACGCACACAGAAAGGCCUAGCAUCAGUACACGCCGUCUCUGGCGAAGCCGUGAAAGUAUCUUCAAAAACCGUAAAUCACAUCGACAGCAUGAUCCGGCGCGCGAUGGGUGCCCGGCCUAGACGACGUGAGAGGCAGGAUUUGUCGUCUACGCCUGCUUCUAUAGGGUACCUCUCCCCAGGUGGGAGCCCACCACCUCUGCCUCCGAGGACGCCUUCUCCUUCUGCAUCAACGUCAGGCUUCGCGCUACCGUCUUACGAUUCUGUAGUCAACGGAACCAAACCCCCUCCGACUCUCCCCACACGUCCUUCUCUCCCACCUCCCGCCCAAUCUCCUCCCCCUACACCAAAACUAACAACCAAAACCCGCGUCCUCCUCUCCCUCGACCUCAUCCUCUCAACAAUCGACGACUCCGCGCGCAGAGUCCUCGAUACAUCAACACAGGAGAUCGGGAAGGUUGUUGGGCACACGUACGGACCUGAGGCUGCGCGGUCGAGCUUGCUUGUGGCGGGGACGGCGAGGAAUGUUGGGUUGGUUUAUGUUGAUUUGAGGGGGGUUGGGAGGAGGGCGUUGGUUAGGAGGGCGGGGAGGACGUUUGUGAAGGCGCAGAUGUCUUCUAGUGUUGGUGCUGCUGGUCAGACACCGCCUGCGCUGCCGACGAGGUAG